AUGGCACUGUUGACACCCCAGGGAGUAAAGGAAGUCUUCCAGCUGCCGAGACAGCUAGGCCGGGACCUCCUACGAAGACUUCUGCGCUGGGAGCCCCUGGAUGAGUGGAGCGACCCUCGAGGCAGCAUCCUGCUGGACGCCCUGUACGACUGCGUCCUCUUUGCAGCUGGCAAAGGCUUCCCAUGGGUGGAGGUGGCACGGGUGGUCAAGUUCACAGAUGAGCUGCUGGUGGAGACCAAAGGCUGCUCCUCCAUCACAGAGGCAGUGACCAUCCUGGGGAACAAGCUCGUGGACUACCAGCGGCACUUCACUGCCAGGGACCUGCUGGCCCUCUGUGACUACUCCCACAACACCUUCAUCCGCCACUUUCGGCUCUACCAGUAUGUCCUGGGCCAGGCCCGCACCGUCCACCUGACUGUCACCCACCUGGAGGUCUGCACACCGCCCCAGCCCCUGCCGCUGGCCGAGGGCAUGCACAGGGACAUGUGGAAUCACCAGCAGCAGGUGGCUGCCCUGGAGGCCACCGAGGAGCAGAAACGCAGGGAGCUGCGGCUCCUGAGGGAGGCGCUGCGUGAGGAGGAGGGGCGCCUGCUGGAGCAGACCUUUGCUAGCAUGCAGCCCCAGGGCACUGAGGGGACACAGCCGCACCAGGGCCUGUGCAGAGAGGCGCUGGAGCACCUUGUCCACGAGGCUGUUGGCAUCCAGAUCAAGAGCCUGGGGCAGCGGCUGCAGUGUGAGGUCCAGAUGGCCUUCAACAUCCUGGACCUGCGGCUCCAGAAGCAGCUGCUGAGUCUCAACGUACCCCUGUCCCCCCUGCCCCCCAGCCCAGGCCAGCUGGGCCCAGAGAAUGCUAUCAAGUCCCACAGGGCCCAUCGACAGAAGAAAGCCAGGGCUAAGUAGCCUGAGUCCCAGUGACCACCACCCUCAGGGACUGGGAGGUGAGCUUUGGGGUGCACUCAGCACCCCACUGAUCAGACGUUCCAGCAAUUAAAGGAAACAGAGCCACGUGUGUCUGCGG